AUAUAUCACUUGUUCCUCUAUAAUAAUAAGAGAUUACAGUUGAGCUAGGUGAAAAAAAGAAGUCCCAAAAUCUACGGAACUAGCCGGUUACAGGGGAAAAAAAGAAGAAGAAGAAGAAGACAGUGGAACAGAAAAGAGAAGCAUAAAUAGUUAAGGGAGCAGACUGCAGAUAGAAGCAGUCAAUAGAAGCUUUACCUGAAAGGUGAUGCAGCACUUGAAGAAGCAAACAAAGAAGACCCUCUUUCACUUCACAUCUCUCUCCCAGUCCUUCACUUUCUCAUCCUCAACUAAGCAUCCAAAUCCAAUCCAUCUCUUAAACCUUAAACCCCAUCAAAACCCUCUUCCCUCUUUCACAAACACCUCUUCCCAUCCAAAAUAUGAAACCAAUGCCAUCACUUUCCCACCUCCAAAGUCUCAUCUCUAUGCCUCAUUCUUCUGCACCCUCAUCCACCUCUACUUGUCCUGUGGAAGAUUUUCCAAAGCCUCAGACUCCUUCUUCCAUAUGAGAAGUCACGGUAUUAUUCCCAUUUUGCCACUCUGGAAUCGUCUUCUAUACGAAUUCAAUGCUGCUGGCUUAGUUUCUCAGGUAUGGGUUCUUCACAAUGAAAUGCUCUCUUGUGGGGUUCUGCCCAAUGUUUUCACAACCAACAUAUUGGUUCAUUCUUUAUGUAAAGUGGGUCAGUUGGGUUUGGCUUUGGAUUUGCUUAGGAAUGCUGAAUUUGAUACUGUUACCUAUAAUACUGUCAUCUGGGGUUUUUGUCAACAAGGAUUGGCUCAUCAGGCUUUUGGGUUUUUGUCUGAAAUGGUAAAGAAGGGUGUUUGUAUAGAUUCUUUUACUUGCAAUACUUUGGUUAAUGGGUUUUGCCAAAUUGGAUUGGUAAUUAAUGCAGAGUGGAUUAUGGAUGAUUUGGUUAGUGGGGGGUUUUGUGGAGAUGUUAUAGGUUUGAACACAUUGAUUAAUGGGUAUUGCAAAGCUGGGGAAGUGACUCGUGCACUCGAAUUGAUGGAGAGUAUGAGAAAUGAUGGUUUUUUGCCUGAUAUUGUUACUUAUAAUACUUUGAUAAAUGGGUUUUGCAAGACGGGUGAUUUUGUUAAGGCCAAGAGUCUUAUGGAUUUGGUUUUUGGGUCUUGGAGUGACAAAGAUCAUGCACUUCUGAAUAUUGAUGAUAGUGUGGAUUUGAAACCAAACCUUAUUACACACACUACCCUCAUUAGUGCAUACUGUAAGCAGCAAGGGCUGGAGGAAGCAUUUUCUUUGUAUGAGGAAAUGGUUAUGAGUGGGUUCUUUCCCGAUGUAGUUACAUACAAUUCCAUUAUAUAUGGCCUUUGCAAGCAUGGGAGAUUACCUGAAGCAAAUGUACUUAUGAGGGAGAUGGAGAAGAUGGGUGUGGAUCCUAAUCAUGUUUCAUAUACCAUCCUCGUUGAUUCCUUAUUUAAGGCAAGGAGAGCUGUUGAGGCUUUUAUCCUUCAAAGCCAAAUGGUAGUUCGUGGCAUUGUUUUUGAUGUGGUCACACUUACUGCUUUUAUGGAUGGACUUUUUAAGGUUGGGAAAGCUAAUGAGGCUGAGGUCAUGUUCAGAACAUUUUCAAAACUUAAUCUAGUUCCAAACUAUAUCACCUAUUCUGCAUUAAUUGAUGGGCUCUGCAAGUUAGGAGACAUGAAUACUGCAGAGUCUGUAUUUGAAGAAAUGGAAGAAAAGCAUGUUUCUCCAACAACAAUUACAUAUUCCUCUAUAAUUAAUGGCUAUGUGAAGAAAGGCAUGCUUGAUGAAGCUGUCAAUUUACUGAGGAAGAUGGUGCAAAGAAAUAUCCUGCCAAAUGCUUUUAUAUAUGUAACACUGAUUAAUGGCUAUUUCAAGGCAGGCAAGCAAGCAACUGCUCUUGAUCUAUAUAAUGAAAUGAAAAUCAGAGGAUUAGAGGAAAACAAUUUUAUCCUUGAUGCUUUUGUGAACAACAUGAAAAGAGGAGGAAGCAUGGAGGAGGCUGAGGGACUGGUCAAAGAUAUGAUGUCUAGGGGCUUGUUGCCUGACCGUGUUAAUUAUACGUCCUUAAUGGAUGGCUUCUUCAAAUUUGGAAAGGAGUCAGCUGCUCUUAAGAUGGCCCAAGAAAUGACAGAGAGAAAUAUAGGGUUUGAUGUUGUUGCAUAUAACGCUCUGAUAAACGGUCUAUUGAGGUUAGGAAAAUAUGAACCAGAAUCUGUUUAUACUGGAAUGAGAGAGCUGGGUUUGUCUCCAGACCAUGCUACGUACAACACCAUGAUGAAUGCAUACUGCAAACAAGGGAACUUGGAAAAAGCUUUUGAACUCUGGAAUGAGAUGAAGAACCAUGGCUUUCUGCCAAAUUUAAUCACCUGUAACAUUCUGAUUACAGGGCUUUGUGAAGUUGGUGAUACUAAAACUGCGGUGGACAUUUUGAGUGAAAUGUUGGUUCUGGGGCUUCAUCCUACUUUAACCACUUAUAGAGUUCUGCUUGAUGCAUCUUCAAAGAGUAACAGGGCAGAUGCAAUUUUGCGAAUGCAUGAGAAACUCCUAGAUAUGGGGCUUAAACUUGAUCAGUCAGUUUAUAACAUUCUAAUCACUACCUUAUGCAGGCUAGGGAUGACCAGGAUAGCCACUUCAGUAUUGAAAGAUAUGAAACAAAGCAGAAUUUUAGCAGAUACUAUUACCUACAAUGCCCUUAUACGGGGAUAUAGCAUAAACCGCAAUGUAAAUAAGGCCUUUGAUGUGUAUUCUCGGAUGACGCUUGAAGGAGUUUCUCCAAAUAUUGCUACAUACAAUCUCCUUCUAGGGUGUCUUUCAGCUGCUGGUUUGAUGACAGAGGCAGAUGAAUUAUUUGGUGAAAUGAAGGAAAGAGGAUUUGUCGCUAAUGCUUCUACUUAUGAUACUUUGGUUUCUGGACAUGGUAAGAUUGGAAAUAAGAAGGAAUCAGUAAAGCUUUAUUGUGAAAUGGUAACUAAAGGCUUUGUUCCCAAAACUAGCACCUACAAUGUGCUUAUUAGUGAUUUUGCUAAGGUGGGAAAAAUGGGCCAGGCUAGAGAGCUUCUAAAUGAAAUGCAGGUGAGAGGGGUGUCCCCUAAUUCUUCAACUUACGACAUACUAGUCUGUGGCUGGUGCAAUCUAUCUCUGCAACCAGAGUUGGACAGAACAUUGAAAGCUUCAUAUCGAGCUGAGGCCAAAAGUUUAUUCACAGAGAUGAAUGAGAAAGGGUUCAUCCCAUGUGAAGGUACUAUUUUAUGUAUCAGUUCCACCUUUUCUACACCAGGAAAGAAGGCUGAUGCUCGGAGGCUGUUGAAGGAACUGUAUGAGAGAAAAGAACAGAUGAGAGAUGGGAUGAUAAGCAGAAGACAAGAAAUCUCUAUCAUGGAUAGCCAGCCGCUCAAGCGCCAAUAAAAGUAUAUGUUGCUGCAACAUUCCAAUUCUUCAGUUGGAUACCAGCCAUGAAGUACUUCAAAUAUGAUUAACACUGAGAAUAAGGUUGAAAGCCUCCUGUUUUGGACUCGCAUGUGUAAAUCCUUGCUUUGAACUUGGGGUUCUAAACUGCAUUCAAUUUCUUCCACCCCUUGUGGCAAUCUAUAGACAUAAUGUCAUUUCCAUUUUCCUGAGUGUUGGGAAAUACAGGAAAGGAAGAAAUGUUGAACCACUAUUCAAAGCUUCAAAGCAGAAAGAGAGGUUGGUUUUACUCUUGUAGGAAAUAAUGAAGGGAAAAUAUUUAUAAGUAGAACAUAAAUUUCAAAUCAAAGGUAAUAAUUUCUCAUACUGUAUUUUGUGACCAUGCACAAAAAUAAAAGUAAACAGAAACAGAUAAUCAAGGAGCUCCCCUCAUGCUCUAUCCUGGCCUUAAGAGUCUCAUUUAUUGCUCUCUUGGAUCCAGUGAAUGGCAAUGCCCUUUUGUAAACUGCAAAAUAUAAUCUCUCUUAAUUUCUUAGUAGUAAAUGUUCCCUGGUGAAAUCUUUACUAUAUUUCCUCUUUUUAGCACUUCAGAAGUUUUGUUCUUUUAUUUCUUCACUCUGCUUUAAGUCAUUCAUUCCCUUCCAGCAUAAGCUUUACAAACAUGCCCUGCUGAUUGAACUAUUGGAGUGGAAAGAUGGGCCCUGAAAAGGAGCCACAGACAGCCUGAUUUUGUGUGUCUAUCAACUGGGACAUUCCCGCUGUUCAGAUAAAUGAUAUCACUAUUCUGCAUGUCAUACCAAAGCAUCAAGCAAUGCAUAUUUGUGGAAAGCAGUUUACCUUUAUUAUUUUCUCCCUUCUCCUGUGUUUAAUUUAUUGCUUUGUUAAUGGCAAUAUCAGGGUGAAUAUGUUGGAGGCUAUCAUGUUCUGGACAGUUUGAUACUAGAUCCUAUUAUAAAGACUUCAGAGGAAACUGGGAUAUUGGGUUUCCAUGGAAGAAUAUAUGGAUUAAAGGGUUCCACACAAGAUAGGAUUUUUUGGCAGCUGCAUCAAGGAUGAUUUUGACAGGGGAAAAUCUUUUUGAGAAGGAUAUUGAUCUGUGCUCCUUGAAUAGUAGAACUCUGCAGUUGCAUUUAGUUGGCUAUAAAUCAGGUAUACUAUAGAUUACUGAAAGUACAUUUGCAAAGAUGCUACUGUGGAAAUGCUCUUUGAAAGGUGAACUCUACUUUUUAUCUUAUGCUUACACAGUCUCAACUAUUUGAUAUCCUUACUAGGGUGGUCUAAUAUUUUGCUGGAGGAACAUGGAUGCUAGGAAGCUGAAAGAGCUUUCCAGAAUCAUGAAUUAGAAUCAAUUUACUUUGCACUUUGGGCCAAGAUCAAAAGGUCUUGAAAAGUUUGAUGCACGGAAAAGCCAUGACUUGUUUGUUCAAGAGAUACGGGACCUAAAUGUUCCUAAAUGCGUUCCAAGUUUGUUAAAACGUCAAUAGCCACAUGUCCAUAUCUUUUGAAGAAAUUUGAUUUCCAUUUAAGUGCACCUGGACCAAAGAGAGAGAAUCCUGAGACUUUUUCUGGUCCUAUAUAAGUGACAUGUUGAAGGCUUGGAGCUCCCUUUUUCCAAAAUGUUGGAAGACUUGUUUCAAGAGAUGAGAGGAAGACACUACAAAAUCUUAUACAUGGCCCCCGCCAAAUAUAAUUGACUUGGGCGCUUUUCUUUCAUUUUUAAUCAUAUUAUAUUGAUAGGAGACUAACUUUUUUUGUAAAACUUUUGUUGUUCCAAGUAAAGUGUAUGUUUUCCUCUUAA